GUACAGGUUGUAGUUAAUCAUUUCUUGUCCCACAAGCCACGACACAUCCACACUGGCAGACAGUAGCUAGCUGCAGCUUAUUGCUAUAGAAACUUAUCCUUUCAAGAAGACCAGCCAUGUUAUGUGGGGUAUCCUUAGUUGUGCUCCUGGCUCUAUUGGGUUUGGGGAGUCAGGGUUUGGAUAAUCCCUUGGCGGACCCCCAUCCUGACCUACCAGCGGACAAGGACUUGUUCUGGGGAGCGGACCAGUAUGACUUUGCUGUCGUGCUGCGUGCCUCCGGACUGGAGUGCUUCUGGCACUUUGCACACCAAGGGGAGCGCUUCUACUUUACUUUUAUGGUAAGAUGUUAUUCCACAGUUUAGUAGUACAAUAACAGGAUAUAUAUUUUUAUUGUGCAACAUAUUUAUCUUGUAAAGUUAUGCCUACUAAUUACUGCCUCGCUUGGCCUGAACAUUUAUUAAAAGGCUUAAAAUGAGUCUGUAUAAUAUUCAGAUAAAAAGUACAUCUGUUCAGGGCUUAUGCCAUUGUCAUUUACUGAGACAGUCUACAGAGCACCCAACAUAUGGUUUGCAGCACAUGGUUGUCCCAUAUGACGGUGAACGAGAUCCGUCUGUCUGUGUUUAGGUCCAGUGGGUGACUGGUGUUGGCAAUGACAGACACUUAUCCGUCACUGUCAACUCUCCUAAAGGCUUGCUGUUGUCCAAAAUUGACGAAGCUACGGGUCAAAUCAACUUUAUAGCUGAAGAGACCGGUACAUUGUUCCUCCUUUGAACGUGCACACACACACACAAGGUGCAUGAAACAUUUUCCCUUUGAAAUGUGGUGGAAGUAUGUCAUUUCUUUUUCUUUUGAAUUCUAGGUUUCUAUCAAAUGUGCUUGAGCAACUUCCACAACCGAUUUGGCAGCAUGCAGGUCUUCCUCAACUUUGGGGUGUACUAUGACGGUUCUGAUGACCAACAGAAACAGAAGGAGGAGGAGAAGAAGAUGAAGGAGGAAGUCCAAAAAGAUCUGAACAACACUCUGUCCACCAUAGUGGUAAUGGCUCCAUUUGGGGUUUGACUGCAUGUACAGUACAAUAUGUUACGAUAACUUUAUUGUCCAUUGACAUGGAAAUUAACUUGAGGUCAGCAUACACAUACAACAAAAUCGUAUUGUCGGAUAUCACGUCUCAUAUAUUGUGAGGUUUAAAGAACAGCAAGGGGAGCUCUGCCUACCAUACAGGUUCUUAAAGUGAUGCUCCAGAAUUGUUGUAUACUUUCAGCCAGUAGUUUUGAAAGUGGUGCUCACGAGCCAAAACAGGUCCCCUUAUGUAUAUGUCCUUAGAAGCUGUGUGAAUAUAAAGUCACUGCAGCCUUAGAUGGCUGCACCAGAGAAGUUUGUGGCACUAUAGAUGUCAUUGGCACCAGAGGAUACUAGAGCAAUAACUAUUGACUUUGUAAUAAAUAAGGUAAUGAGUCAGGCCAUAGGUUCGAUUUAAAUUAUAAAGUCAAUCUCAAUGUGACAUGGAUUUAAGAGGAAUAGCGUCGAGACUGGUGCAAAAAAAUAUGGAAGAAAACUCACCCAUGUUUACACCAAUUGGAUGCUUUUUAACUUUAGUAGUACAUGUACGAAGAAUCAAGUUCGCUACCUAGACGAUCUUUCCCCGCUAGCUAUUGAUAGCUAGUGAUAUUGAUGGACAAGCUAGGUCUUUCUGAAUCAUCACCAUUUCCUGGCCGCAUUUAACCGGCAGAUUCAGUAGCUUGAGAACUCCCCAAAAGCUUGAAACCCCCCAUUAGAUUUCUGCGCAUUUUAUUUUUUAUUUUUUAAAUUAACACAAUUCAUGGUUAUUACAUUUUGCCCAUAGGGUGCCUGUUUAUGCUCUGAGUGGUUGCAAUAUUUUGCCACUCAUUGAGUCCCAAACCCUGCCGACUACUGCCAAAUGUGACACCCUGGUCGAGAAGGGCUGUGACUAAACUCAGUUCAGUACCAUAGAUCCGCCUACACCACCAGGCAGGUAACAGUUCACAAGUUCAUUUCCCCCCUCCCAGUUUCAGCUUCCUAAACCAAGAUAGCUUUGCAAACAAAAUGGAGGGAGGAUAUAACACAAAACAAUCAAAUCAAACAAAAACCUGUUUCAGUGUAGGGAAACCAUAACACAACUUUAGUCAUCAUUCCAUCAAAGUAAUACUUAUUUUAGAAACACCAACGCCCUACACCUGGGCAGCCGCACCUCAAACAACGGAAACAAGGGUUAUAAAGAGAGCCAAUCACAUAGAGAACAAAUCACAUUGCUCAAUGAAUCAAUCAAUUACCAUGCUCUCAAUUAAGCGCAUAUGGGCAUGCACAGUAAUAAGGGCAUUUAUCACACCUGUGACAAUAUCAUACGUUACUAAAACGUAAACAUGCCCAAACAUACUACAACUUACUGUUAAAAUACUUGAGUAGGUGUAACUACUUGCUAAAAUUAAAUUUUUGCAUUUUCACAAUUUUUGACUUAGUCAAUGACUGAACGGUAAUAUAUGUCUGAAUAUAUGACGCAAUUAAUGUAUUAGGCCUAUCUGUGGCAUUAAUUAUGUCAGUUGGUGUUAAAUAAUAAUAACGUUUUAACAACACUACUCUCCAAACCACUUUUAGGAGACUUCCCAUCGCGUGGAGGGCUACGUCUUCCACAUGUUUCGACAUUACAACUUUGGCCGCAUGAGGAGAGGCACUGACUACUACCUCCUCCUCUCCAACUCCAAAUACAUCACCUGGUGGUCUGCGGUCCAGAGUGUGGUCAUUGUCAUGGCGGGCUACCUGCAGCUCUUUUUCCUCAAGAGGCUCUUCAACACCAAGCCCACUACAGAGGCACCAGAGAAACCUCGCUGCUGA